GCGCUGAGCCAUCUGCCCAGCGGAGCCUCUGGGCUUCGACAUGCUGGAGGGGCCCUGGCGGUGGCCUCUGCCCUCGGGCCUCACUGGUCUGCUGCUCCUAGCGCUGUGCACUGGGGCGCUUAGCAAUGAGAUCCUGGGCCUCAAGCUGCCCGGGGAGCCGCCGUUGACGGCCAACACCGUGUGCCUGACUCUGUCGGGCCUGAGCAAGCGACAGCUGGGCCUGUGCCUGCGCAGUCCCGACGUGACGGCGUCGGCGCUUCAGGGUCUGCACAUCGCGGUGCACGAAUGUCAGCACCAGCUGCGGGACCAGCGCUGGAACUGCUCGGCGCUCGAGGGCGGCGGCCGCCUGCCACACCACAGCGCAGUCCUCAGGCGCGGUUUCCGUGAGAGCGCCUUCUCCUUCUCCAUGCUGGCUGCUGGGGUGAUGCAUGCGGUAGCCACAGCCUGCAGCCUGGGCAAGCUGGUGAGCUGUGGCUGUGGCUGGAAGGGCAGUGGUGAGCAGGACCGGCUGAGAGCCAAGCUACUGCAGCUGCAGGCACUGUCCCGGGGCAAGAGUUUCCCCCACUCCCUGCCCAGCCCUGGCUCCAGCUCCGGCUCUGGCCCUGGCCCCCAGGACACGUGGGAAUGGGGUGGCUGUAACCAUGACAUGGACUUUGGAGAGAAGUUCUCUCGGGACUUCUUGGAUUCCAGGGAAGCUCCCCGGGACAUCCAGGCAAGAAUGCGAAUCCACAACAACAGGGUGGGGCGCCAGGUGGUAACGGAAAACCUAAAGCGGAAAUGCAAGUGCCACGGCACUUCGGGCAGCUGCCAGUUCAAGACAUGCUGGAGGGCAGCUCCGGAGUUCCGGGCAGUAGGGGCUGCGCUGAAGGAGCGGCUGGGCCGAGCCAUCUUCAUUGACACGCACAACCGCAACUCAGGAACCUUCCAACCCCGCCUGCGUCCCCGGCGCCUCUCAGGAGAGCUGGUCUAUUUUGAGAAGUCACCUGACUUCUGUGAACGGGACCCCAGCGUGGGCUCCCCAGGCACCAGGGGCCGGGCCUGCAACAAGACCAGUCGUUUGCUGGAUGGCUGUGGCAGUCUGUGCUGCGGCCGGGGGCACAACGUGCUGCGGCAGACUCGCGUGGAGCGCUGCCACUGUCGCUUCCACUGGUGCUGUUACGUGCUGUGCGAGGAGUGCCGGGUCACAGAGUGGCUCAAUGUGUGCAAGUGAGGGUCAGUCCACCUGGCGGCGGGGGCAGGGGGAAGGGGAGCCCUUGGCUGUCAUUUCUGUCCCUGCUCGCUCUUGGCCUCCCUGCAUGCUCAAAACAGCUACUUGGUGUUUCCGACUUGGCUUUGGGAGUGGUAGGGGGCUAGGUAGAAUCCUUGUCCCCCUCCCUGCCAGGCAGAGUUGGCUGGAUUGAGGAGGGCGUUGUCAUCUGUCUUCCUUAAACACUUGAGUGGCCCAAGAUGCAAUUCACUGUAUUCUCGGUGGCAGGUAUCCUUUAACCCUGUGUUGGUCCCUAUUGUUUGGCCACUUCCUGUCUGUUGAUUGACAACUCCAGGCAUGUGGAAUUUAGAGGUGGAACCAUGAGAUCUAUAUCUAAAAAGAGACUACCCACUCCCAUUGACUGUUGCCCGCCUCCUGCCUCCCCUCUUGUGGGGUAAUGGGAGACAGUGGGACAAGAU